UACAGGAAAAAUCAAAUGGUGGGGCAGGCAGCGCUGUGAGAACGCGAGGAACGUGAUGCUGCAUCGAAGAGAGCUCAUUUCUCCUCGAAAUCGGGCCGCUCGGCUCUUCUAAGAAAAAAGGGCGCCGUUGCGGUGAUGGCGUUGCGCACUCAAAGGAAACAGAGCUAGGAUAACAAGGAACGAGCUUUUCAGCGUCAACAAGGAGAUACUCCUCCGAAACAACGAAGACCACCACAAUGGACCAGACUCCGGUGUCGUGCGCUCCCGAUUCGGUCGAAAUCCAGCUCCCUCACGUCGAGCAAAGUCUGUCUUGGGACUGCGGCCUGUCGUGCGUAGCGAUGGUUCUAUCGCCCGAACAGCGCAGUGACCUGCUUCUCAACAGGGAUCAGAUAGGCCGCGAGGAAGGGUAUCACCAGAGCACCUGGACCAUCGACCUGUGCUACCUGCUUCGGCGGUUCGGCAUCGACCACGUAUACGCCACGGUGACCCUGGGAGUGAACCCCAUGUUCCAGAAGGAGUGCUACUACAAGAAGUCCCUACAGUGGGACUUCCAGAGGGUCGAAGACCGCUUCCGCGACGCCGCGUCGCACGGGCUCACGGUUUGCCAGAGGUCCACCACGGUCGCCGAGCUACUGGAUCACCUUGGCCGCGGCGGACCAAUCAUCGUUCUUGUCGACCACGGUCAACUGCACUGCGAUUCGUGUCAGAAAAACAAAGUCGUCGCUAAGAUGGCUGGAGUAUUCGCGCGCUACGCGCCGUACCAGGGACACUACAUCGUCUUGUGCGGAUACAAGCUCAAGGAGAGAAAAUUCCUCUACCGGAAUCCGUCGAAAAGCGAUCGUCUGUGCAGCGUCACCUUCGAAACCUUGGACAGGGCUCGCAAGCGCCUGGGUACUGACGAAGACGUCAUAUUCGUCAACGCCGUCUCGGAAGAUGUUCGCUCGUAGAAGAAACGACCAUGAAAUGGAGUAUUUGGGGAGUUUUUAGCGCAACGCAGACGGUGUCGGCGUAGGUCAUGACGUAGAGGUGUGAAGCUGCGUUGGUGGCGCCGUCUUGCAACUCGGUGGUUAACUGAAAAGCGUAAGCGCUCGUAAUCAACUGUAUUCCACGAGCCUCACAGCCUAAAUAGACGAGUAGCAAAAACUGCAAGGCAGCUUACUUGCACAACAGAAAUUCAUGUACAAUGGCGGUGCCUCCCGUCCUCGCCACAAUAUUUGCGUGCAGUGUAGCGUUUCCAAUGUUUGGCCAUUGCUGAUCUAGAGGGGUGCAUCCCCAUCCCUCACUGUGCAUUCAUGCACAAUGGAGGCGCCGUCAUUGUAUGUGAAUUUCUCUCUUGCAAGUCAGCUGCCUUGUAGUUUUCGCAACUUGUCUAUGGCAGCAACAUAAUCGUCGCAAAGAAAAUAUUAAAGAGAGUUGUCCGAGACAAGAAUUCUCUAAGCACAUAGCUUUGCAAGGUGCCACCAUCAGCUUUUCAUCUCCUAAAUGCACAUUCCACUUACAAGCAUGACAUUGCUUCUCAGUUGCACUAAAACACUGUUGUUGACAUGGAAGAGCUUAAGACAGGCAGCAUUUAUUAAUGGCAUUGAGGAGCCUAAUGCCAUUGACCUCUCCUACAUGACCUGUGUAAAAUGCAGUUGAGAGAGUGAAGGUUACAAGCUGUGGGCCUUUUACCAUGUGCUGAUAAAGCCACAGCUACACUUAGUUCCUUUUUUUGAGUGAUUCGAGCAUGCAUUGUACACGAAUCACCAGCUUGUUCCAGUGAAUGUGCAAACAUUGGUGCAAUGCAAUAUAUUAGUUAUACACGAUGCAAUGUUAUCCAAGUGUGUUCGUAAUUGUGCCUGUUCUGUGUGGUCUACCUAACCGAAGACCAUGAGAAUAGUAAUCGACUUAAUUCUCAAACCUGUUAAUUUACGGGUGUCUUAUAUGGGGAAGGUGCUCAUUUUUACUGCCACCUGUUUAUUGCUCAGCUCGAAUAAUCGAAAACUCUGUUGUUUUUAGUUAGUGUAGCAGGAUCCAAAUUGUGAGGAUGUGCAGAAACCAGCUGGUUUAACAAGGCAGCUGUUUUAGAAGUAGACAAGGAGCCUGAUAAUAUGCUCGCGUUAUGUUGCAUGUGUCCGCCCAUGUUCUGAAGAGUUACUAUAUGUGAUCUCAUUGUGCCAAUGGGUGCUUCUAAUGCCCUCUUUGCAAUAUUGUUGUUUUUAUUGUCUGAUUGCUUUGUUCAUGUGUUGAAGGGUCAUUGACAGGUAGUUUAUAGGUACCAUAAAAUAUUGUGAAAGGAACUGAGGGAAUUGAAUUCCACUAUGUUAAAGGAUUGUGUUUCUGUUGUGUUUUACCAAUGCAAGCCAGCAUGUUUGGUGCUGCUAUGUGAUCUUUGUAAUCAAAUUAAACACAAACCUUCUAGUAAGGUUGAAUAGCAUAGCCGGGCGACUUGGCACUAUGCCUGAAUUCCUUGUGUGAGCCAUCCUUCAAUUAUCUUUCACGAACGAUAGUCGUGCCUGAACUCGCAUCUGAAGAAGAGACCACACACGUUCGUGACUGACAAGUGGCAUCCGUAUAUAGUUGUCUUAAGUAUUCCUUUUCUUCAGCCAUGGUGCAUCUUUUCAGUUAGGUGUUUUUUUCUUGUUUUUAUUAGCGUGUUUGUCCUGCAAAAAGCAGAUCAUUGCUUGCAUCAGAAAACACUUCGCCUUUUUGUUCCUCUUGUGUAUCUAUGCCUCCGCUGUCUGUGCCUAAUGUUUGAAGCCGAUAAUCCUACAAUCGUUGUGUCUGCCAUGAUGUUGUAUGCAUGCUCCAUACGUCGUCGCAUACUCCUUUAGUAAGACCAGUUGAUGUCGUGCCAAACGUACAUUGUAAACAUGCCGCUUGUUGUUGCAGCCUCGUACGACUCGUAGUGCAGUGCAUGUUCUGGGGGCAUCUUGCAUGCCUAGCAUUACAGGACUUGUAACAUUGUUGCAUGUUUUUGUCAUAUACUCCUGUUAUAACACGGCAUUUGCCAUUAGCAAAACCUACUAUCUGUGAUUGUUGGUUGUGCCAGAGUAGCUUAUGAUAACAUUACCUCAAGGUAGUACAUUCUUGCGGGAGAAAAACUCGUCUUCGGUGCUUGCCCGUUGCUACACCCAACCUAAAACUCUGCAGUUUUACACACGUCUACCGCUUCAAACAACAAAGAGCUAGUCACGUGCCCAAACUGUAAGUCAGUUCUAGGUCGAGAAUGCAGCGGCGGAUUCCACACAAAGUGGACGUGCGUUCGUAUGCCAGGGAAUCGCGUUGUUUGGUUCGUCUCAGUUUUCAUGGCCCCAUUUUUUGCCUUGCUCAAGCGCUGCCACACAAUGCAGGUGUUGUUUCCGAGAUGCGAAGAAUGCGCCUUUAUGUAAAAAGAUUAGUUGCGCUUUUGUUAUAUACUUUACAGACUUUAUCGGUGAUGACUAAGGGAGCUGGGUCUGCAUGUCUCACUUGUUGAAAUGUCACUUUUUCCUGUUGUCUGUGCAGCCUGCCAUGUUGAGCACUAACAAACCCUCCCAGCUUGCGACCUCUCAUACAGGUUCUCUGGAACCUUGAUUACGUCAAAAGUUUUAAUCUCAGAAUUAACCUAAUCUCUAAUAUACUAUAACCGGUUACAACCUAAGAAAAAUGUCGGCUCCGCCCACAGCCACUGCUGUCCUUCCCACAGAGAAUUUGCAUAAAUGCUCCAUCCAAUAGCGCUUGCUCAUUUGCAUGGAGUCAAGUGCUUAGAGUGUUACAGGUAGUUGACUUUCCCAUAUAGACACAUGUUUGUGUUGCUGGUUUUAGGUUGGAAAACGCGAACGUCAUAGUAAAUUCAAUUGGGGAUCCUGAGAUCGCUGCUCAGCCAAAAGUAAUGUUUUAGGUAGUAACGACGAACCUUUAACUCUUAAUAUGUGUAGUAUUUACAUUAGCUGAGAAAAAUUACUCACGGUUUAAGCGGAAACCAGCUAGCACGACUCUUUUCACAGGUGAAUGGCAGGCGCUCUAGUUUUGUGGGCGGUGCCUACAUUUUUGCUCAGGUUGUGACCGAGUAUAACCUCUUUGAAGAAUUCCCCUAAUAAUGUGCAUGUGUUCUUGCUGAAAGCCAUUAUCUUUAUGCUGGCCGAUUUUUGCUGUUCUUGCAUGGAAAUUCACAACUGUGGCAUGUUGAGUUAUUGGGCUGCUUCUCCAUCAUACCUGCAUGGCCUCGAGGGAAAACUGCUUUCUGGCAGCUCUUUGAAUUCUUGAUUUGCCACUGGCUGUGGACAUCCACACUUCUCUCCUAAUGAACAUCUAUAAGGGACAGCAGGCUGUGUCGUAACAGCACUGUCCGAUAUUGAGCGUGAUGCAUUUAUUGCGGCGCAUCCAACUAGCAUGUGCUCCAGUAACUCUGAACCACUUGUAUUUCCCGAGAAAAAUUUUUCAUCCUUAACUGUACAGUCCAAUUCAACACAGCUUUCAAACACUUCGUCACCAUCACAGCAUCCAUCAUGACAUAGCAUUUUCUCAUGAAACUUCUCAAAAAUUGCAUGCCAGUGACAUUGGGCAAUGCUCUUAACAUCAUCGGCAUCCCAUUUUUAAAGAAAAAGCUACAUGAAAACACUCUCGCAACAGAUACUUUUGACAGUGACAUGACAGCGUUUGACGGCUGUGGGCAUGAUGGAUAUGCAUGUCGCAUUAUGGCUCUGGCAGAGUAGGCGUGCCUGUGCUACAAACGUUCUGAAGCAGGCAGUCUUGUUAGCAAAUGGCCAUACCAGUUGGGAUUCAAACUCGUUGAAUUUUUAGAAUUAGAAGCAGGUGUGGUUGUGCGUAGUAUCUGUAGAUUAUGGAUGCCUCAAUCGGUACAACCGAUUAUGACAAAAAUCUCACGAAUUCCAGGCCUACAAAAGCCUGCAUUUAUUGGCCUCCAUGUAUUUCCAAUCUACAUCUAUCUAUUUAGAUCUAGGUGCAUGUUAAACAACUUCUGGUGGCUACAGUCUAAAGCCCAUAUGAUAACCCCUUUUAACCCCCCGUGCAGGGGGCCUAUACAGAAUCAUAGAAUAUGAAAUACUAUUCAGUGUUAAUCCUCCUUGAUUGGCCAUCUCAAAAUACGUCGGCGCCCCCACGUGGGCAGCGCUGGUGGUGCAAACCGUGACGACACAGAACUGAAUAAUGUGCCAUAUUCCGUGGUACAGUUGAGACCCUCAGACUUGCAGCAUUUAAAAUCCUAUUGAUGUAGAUCGCUAGCAGGGGCUCGGCCUGUAAAGCGCACAAUGAUAACGUGUUGCUACCUGCUAACCUACCUUUCUAGCAUACUAGUAAACCAUUGAUUUGCGAGCAAUUUAUGCACUAGUAUUGGAUGUAUCUCUGCGGUGGACAUUCUUAAUCAUCUAUCCUCUCGGCGCAGAUUGUGAGAUCAUUUCCGCAAUUACGAAACCCCUGGAAUUGGGGAUCAUUCUGUUACCUGCCAUAGUUGCUUAGUCACCACAGUGUUCUGCAGCCAAGCGCAUGUUCGAGGGUUCGAUUCCCGACUGCGGCAGCUAGGUUUCGUUGCAAGCUGAAACACUAGUGUGAAUAGAUUUAGGUGGUACCGAAGUGUCGAACGUUAAUCUGAAACCCUCCAUCACAGUGUCUCUGAUAACUACAGUAUUACUUUCGGACAUUACGCAUGUGAAUCGAUGCAUGUGGUUUGUAUUCAACUACAAAUUGAGUGUAAAAGCAUCAAAAACAUUUCGUGUUCAUGUUGACGACUGAUUGAGUGUCUUAGGCAAAGCAGUGAAAAGCUAUCGCAUCAGCACAGAUACUUAUAGUGCAUGUGCUAUGACACAACGUCAUAGCCCUCAUCUAAGAUUGCACGCCAAUUCACUUUUCCCGCUUUGAGUACUACUUGUGAAGCGCCAAAAUGUUUUCGUUAGACAAUCACUGAAACCAUGCAAGUGAAACUUGCUGCAUUUAGAAGGAAACCUCAACUGUUUGAAUGGAAUGUUUUUGUUCAUGCUCUGUAAUGUUUACCACAUGAAAAUAUCCUAAUGAAAAAAAUGAAAUUGAGGCAUAAAGUUUUGCAAUAGUCCACAAACUAAUGACAACUCUGCAAACUGCAUAUCUUGGCAUGCAAAAGAUGGAUGGAUGGAAAAACUUUAUUACAGUCCGGAAUGUGCUCUGGCAAAAUGUUUUUUUUUUUUUUUCUAACUAAAGGUGUUCUGCUCUUCAACUAUUUAUCAUCAACUAAAAGUUUCAUCACAUCUCAAAACUUUAUGCUGCACGUGUACUAUGGUCAACCGUUGUACGAAUUUUAGCAUCUAGCCCAGGACACAACAAAAAAACAGCAUAAAAAUACAACAAAGACAGUGCCAGUUUUGGCUGUAUUUUCACGCCAUCCUUGUUUUUCGUCCCGCGCUAGAUGCUGAAAUUGAAUAUACCAACAUGCUUAAACUUGGUAUUUCAUGUUGCACUAAUGUGUAUACAUUUCUUAUCAGUUAUGUUUAAGUAAAUGUUUUUUUUUGUUGGUCUUAUUGGUUCGGUGCGACAUUUCCUGAUUAAAUGCUCUGUACAAUGGCUACAUUUCAACAUUCAAUUACGCAUUACAUAAAUGUGUAUGCAGAGCAACGAUCUUGCUUUCAUGUUUUUAAUUUCAUGUUGGCUUGAGAGCGUGGCAUUUCCUUGUGAUACGUGCGUUCUUGCCAAAUAAGGAGCAACAUUUUUCGAUUAACACAGAGGCAACCAGAACUGAGAAUGCAUUUUUUUAUUUCCACGAUACAAGAAAUGCAGUGUUUUGCACGUUGGUGACAUAUUUACAUCCGACAAAAAAAAAGUGCUCGAAGUUGAAAAUGUACCACCCCUUUCUUUCAUUCUCCAUCUGGUGUUAUUACAAAAAUAAAUAGGAUUCUUCUCCGACGCGAAAGACU